GGGAAGAAGGGGAGGGACAGGAGGCGGGGCCGGCGAGCGGAAGUGGAAGAGAGCUUUCCCGGCAAGGGAGGAAGACAAAGUUCGCCGGAGCAGCCCCAAGAGAAGGUGGCGGAGAAACACCUUGCAAGGGGUCUCUCUGGGCGCUAAUGACAAGGGAUACGGGAAUAGGUUUACGGGAUGCACCGACUAUUGCUAGCGUGGCGCUAGAUCACCGUAAACUAGAAGGUGGGAGGACAAAAAGGCCAUGUCCAAGAUUUGUAGUACCUAAAUCUGCCUAUAUCCCACAACAUUUGCCUUAAUAGAAAGCAGUAAGUGACGCUCCCUCCAUCUGGCUUGAGAAGUUUUUCAGGGAACCCCACAAUAAGUGUCGCCCAAGUACUGAGGCCAGGGCUGCAGAAGGCUUUUUCCCCCUCUUCUGCGCUCAGUCAAUUUGCACCGGAACGAUUUUAGCGGAUCUUCCCGGAAGUGUGGCUAAGGCCUUGGACCCUCCAUCAGAGGAAGAUGCUGCUGCCAUUUGCCUGCUCUUCCUGAACCUCCAGGUUUCUGCCACACUGCCCCAUGGAGGACACGCCCACCUCACUCAGCUGCUCUGACUGUCAGCGCCACUUUCCUAGCCUCCCAGAACUGUUACGGCACCGAGAACUGCUCCAUCCAUCUUCCAGCCAGGGCAGCGAGGCCGACAGCAUCCCUCGGCCCUACCGCUGUCAGCAGUGUGGGCGGGGCUAUCGUCACCCAGGGAGCCUGGUCAAUCACCGCAGGACCCACGAGACUGGCCUUUUCCCCUGUACCACCUGUGGCAAGGACUUCACCAACCCCAUGGCGCUCAAGAGCCACAUGAGGACUCAUGCUCCUGAAGGCCGUCGGAGGCGCAGGCCUCCCCGCCCCAAGGAAGCCACUCCACGUCUCCAGGGGGAGACAGUGUCCACUGACUCCUGGGCCCAGAGGCUUGACCCUGGGGAAGGCUGGGAAAAUCAGAAAAAACAUAUUGAAGAGACAUCUGGUUGUGAGUCUGGGCCAGACCCUAGGGCAGCUCUGGGCACAUGGGAAGAUCCACCCACCAGACAAAGAGAAGGCUGGGAGAGUCAGCCUGACCCUGAGGAGGGUGUAGAGGGCUGGGGUCCUACCACCAACUCUGCCAGAGACACUCCACUUCCCACCCCAGCCAGCAGUCUCCUUAGCAAUUUGGAACAAUAUCUGGCUGAAUCAGUAGUGAAUUUUACCGGGGGCCAGGAGCCCACCCAGUCUGCUCCUGCUGAGGAGGAGCGGCGGUACAAGUGCAGUCAGUGUGGCAAGACGUACAAGCAUGCUGGGAGCCUUACCAACCACCGCCAGAGCCACACCCUGGGCGUCUACCCUUGUGCCAUCUGCUUCAAGGAGUUCUCUAAUCUCAUGGCUUUGAAGAAUCACUCCAGACUCCAUGCCCAGUAUCGGCCUUACCAGUGUCCCCACUGCCCCCGUGCCUUCCGGCUCCCCCGAGAGCUGCUGGAACACCAGCAGUCCCAUGAGGGUGAAAGUCAGGAGCAGCCGUGGGAAGAGAAAGGGAUGCCCACCACCAAUGGACACACAGAUGAGAGCAGCCAGGACCAGCUCCCUGGGACACAGAUGCUGAAUGGCUCAGGGGAGCUGAGCACAUCUGGGGAGCUGGAAGACAUCGGCCUGGAGGAGUACCGGCCUUUCCGCUGUGGAGACUGUGGCCGUACCUACCGCCAUGCUGGGAGCCUCAUCAACCAUCGCAAGAGCCACCAGACAGGUGUCUACCCCUGCUCCAUCUGUUCGAAGCAGCUGUUCAAUGCAGCUGCCCUCAAAAACCAUGUGCGGGCUCAUCACAGGCCCCGGCAAGGAGCCGGAGAGGAUGGGCAGCCAUCAGUGUUGCCAGCUCCCCUGCCUCUGGCUGAGUCCACCCGCAAAGAAGCAGAGGCCCCCACCACCACCUUAGACCACCGCCCCUAUAAAUGCAAUGAGUGUGGUCGGGCUUACCGGCACCGGGGGAGCCUAGUGAACCACCGCCACAGCCAUCGGACAGGAGAGUAUCAGUGCUCUCUCUGUCCCCGCAAGUACCCCAACCUCAUGGCCCUGCGCAACCACGUGCGGGUACACUGCAAGGCUGCUCGCCGCAGCACGGGCCCAGGGGCUGAGGGUCCCCCCAGCCACCUCAAGGUGGAGGUCCCACCUGACCCAGUGGGGCCAGAGACAGCUCUACUUUCCGAUCAAGGGCCUGGGUGCAAACAUGAAGAGGGGGCCCCUGCUGUCCCCCCAGCAGCAGAUCGGACCGCACCACAGAUAUGUAGCAUGUGUGGGAUGCUCUUUGAAGACUCUGAGAGCCUUGAACAUCACAGCCGGACCCAUGGGGAAGGGGCACAGAGCAGGACCGAGGCCAGAGAGUCGCCUCCUCGGGUAUUUGCUUGCCGAGACUGUGGCAAGAGCUAUCGCCACUCAGGCAGCCUUAUCAACCACCGGCAGACCCACCAAACGGGAGACUUUAGUUGUGGGGCCUGUGCCAAACAUUUCCACACCAUGGCUGCCAUGAAGAACCACUUGCGUCGCCACAGUCGACGACGGAGCAGGCGGCACCGGAGGCGGGCUGGCAGUGCCGGCGGUGGGGAAGCCAAACCCCCAUCAGAUGGGAACUGGGCCCCGGAACCAGUGGACAGUGUGGGCCUGGGCUGUCCCCGAGACUCUUCCAGGGCAAGUCCGAGUGGAGCCAAAGGCAACAUGGAAAGCAGUGGGGGCUGUUUGCAGGCUGCAGCCGAAAGGGACAACUGUGGGCUUGAGAGGAAUGAGGCCUGUUUCCAGGGUGAUAAAGAGAGCCGAGGUGCCGAGGAAGGACUGGAAAGGAUGGAGGCCUGUUUCCUUGACAACGUGGACAUCCCAGGCACUGAGGAAAGCAACGGAACUCGCUUCUGCGAUGGCCUCCCUGGGGUGGAGGAAGACCAGAAACCAGCCCCUGGCCAGCCCAGCUCCCCUUCCCGCGCUGCCAGCUCUGUGGGCUGGCCGGCUGAAGUCUCCCACACGUGUUCUGACUGUGGACAUUCUUUCCCCCAUGCCACCGGCCUGCUGAGCCACCGGCCCUGCCACCCACCGGGCAUCUAUCAGUGCUCCCUCUGCCCAAAGGAAUUUGACUCCCUGCCUGCCCUUCGCAGCCACUUCCAGAACCACGGGCCCGGGGAGGCCGUCUCAACCCAGCCUUUCCUCUGUUGCCUCUGUGGCAUGAUCUUCCCUGGGCGGGCUGGCUACAGGCUUCACCGGCGCCAGGCUCAUGACUCUGGCGUGACUGAGGGCUCGGAAGAGGAGGGGGAGGAGGAAGGAGCUGCAGGGGCAAUCUCCACCCACAGCCCCCCACUGCAGCUCUCAGAAGCCGAGCUGCUGAAUCAGCUGCAGCGGGAGGUGGAAGCGCUGGACGGCGCUGGGUAUGGCCAUAUUUGUGGCUGCUGCGGUCAGACCUACGAUGACCUGGGGAGCCUGGAGCGUCACCACCAAAGCCGGAAUUCCGGGAACGCCACUGAUGAGGUUCCCAGUCUCAUGCAUCACCCAGCAGAGUCAGGUGAUGCCACGGUGGUGGUGGCAGAUGGUGUCUUUGAGGGCACGGUGACCUCUCUCCCUGCAGAGGGUGGGGACACAAAGCCGGGUGAGGGUGUAGGUGACACGCUUGCUGACAGCCUUUGCCGGCAGGGUGAGGAAAGUUCUCUGGAGACCCAGCCCCGCCCCUUCCGCUGCAACCAGUGUGGCAAGACCUAUCGGCAUGGGGGCAGCCUGGUGAACCACCGCAAGAUCCACCAGACUGGGGAAUUCGUCUGCCCUGUCUGCUCCCGCUGCUACCCCAACCUGGCUGCCUACCGCAAUCACCUGCGAAACCACCCACGCUGCAAAGGCUCAGAGCCCCAGGUGGGGCCCGUCCCAGAGGCAAAAAGCAACAGUGAAGCCCAAACUCUGGCAGAAGAGGGCCUCGAGCAGGCUGAAGUGGAGAGGUUCCAGAAAGAACUUAAAGUCGAGCCCCUGGAGGAGGGGGCAAGAGUGAAAGAAGAGGCCUGGGAGGAGACGACUGUGAAGGGGGAGGAGAUGGAGCCGAGGUUGGAGACGGCAGAGAAGGGCUGCCAGACAGAAGCUAGCUCUGAGCGGCCCUUCAGCUGCGAGGUGUGUGGCCGCUCCUACAAGCACGCCGGCAGCCUCAUCAAUCACCGGCAGAGCCACCAGACCGGCCACUUUGGCUGCCAGGCCUGCUCCAAAGGCUUCUCCAAUCUCAUGUCCCUCAAGAACCACCGGCGCAUCCACGCCGAUCCCCGGCGUUUCCGCUGUGCUGAGUGCGGGAAGGCCUUCCGCCUGCGGAAGCAGCUGGCCAGCCACCAGCGGGUCCACCUGGAGCGUGGUGGGGGUGGUGGCUCCCACAAGCUGUCCCGGGAAGAUCGGCCCUUUCGCUGCGGGCAGUGCGGGCGGACCUACCGUCACGCGGGCAGCCUCCUGAACCACCGGCGCAGCCAUGAGACAGGCCAGUACAGCUGUCCCACCUGCCCCAAGACCUACUCCAACCGCAUGGCCCUGAGGGACCACCAGAGGCUGCACUCGGAGAGCCGGCGGCGGCGGGCCGGGCUGUCCCGGCGGGUAGCUGUGCGCUGUGCCCUCUGCGGUCGGGGCUUCCCUGGCCGGGGGUCCCUGGAACGGCACCUGCGAGAGCACGAGGAAGAGACGAGAGGUGGUCAAGGAGGCCCAGACGGCACAGAGGGUGGUCAGGGGAACCUGGCUGACAACCAGGGACUGGAGGACAGAUCGGGCGGUACUGAGUCGGGACCUCAGCUGGAGGAUGGAGCCACAAGGCCAGCAGAGCCAAGACAGAGCCCCAUCAGGGCAGCGGGUUUAGAAGCCACAGAGCCAGCAUCCUGGGGCAUGGGGGAAGCAGAUGGGUGGCGAGGAGACCAGGGACCGGAGAAUCAUGAUGGAGAUUGGGUUCCUGGGCGCCACGUACUGACCAAGCCAGAAGACGAGCCAGGGGACAAUGUCCCCAGAAGUCCUUGUCCCCUUGGCAACACCCAGCCCAAUGGACCUAGUCUGACUCCGGUGGACAGCUGGGACAGUGGAGACUGUGGCCCUCAGCCCCAGCCAGAGAGCCACUCCUUUUCCUGCAGCCAUUGUGGCAAGAUCUCCUGCCAGUCAGAGGGCCCCUUGAACCACCACAGCACCCACAAGACUGACCGUCACUAUUGCCUGCUCUGCUCCAAGGAGUUCUUGAAUCCUGAGGCCCCUAAGAGCCACAGCCGCAACCACAUAGCUGCCCAGACCUUCUCCUGCCCUGAUUGUGGCAAGGCCUUUGAGUCCCACCAUGAACUCGCCAGCCACCUGCAGACUCAUACCAGGGGCCUCAGUCAGGUGUCACCCCAGGUGGAGGCCAGAAGUCCCAAAGUGGGGGCUCAGGAGGAGGAGGUGGAAUUCCCUGGUCAAGGGAAAGCCCCAUCAGAACUCCCCACGGCCCCAGGUGAGAAUGUGGGGAGAGCUAAUGGAGGCCAGGGUGUCGAGUCCGCGGUGGCUGAGCACGAGGAGCGGCCCUUCCGCUGUGCCCAGUGUGGGCGUUCCUACCGCCAUGCCGGGAGCCUGUUGAACCACCAGAAGGCUCACACUACGGGACUCUACCCCUGCUCCCUCUGUCCCAAACUUCUUCCCAACCUGCUGUCCCUUAAGAACCAUGGCAGGACCCACACGGACCCCAAGCGCCAUCGCUGCAGCAUCUGUGGCAAGGCCUUUCGGACAGCGGCCCGGCUGGAGGGCCACGGGCGGGUCCACGCGCCCCGGGAGGGGCCCUUCUCCUGCCCCCACUGUCCCCGCCAUUUCCGCCGUCGCAUCAGCUUCCUGCAGCAUGAACAGCAGCACCAGGAAGAGUGGACAGUGGCCAGCUCUGGAACCCCAAAGGCACCAGCGGCGGGCAGAGGGGACUUGUCAUUGCCUCCUCCACCCACCCCCACGGCCCCACUCCUGGACCCUUCACCCCAGUGGCCUGCAGACCUCAGCUUCUCCCUCUGAAGUUCCAGUCUCCAAAGAUCAGAAUAUGGGGCGGGGGGGUGGGUGGGUGCAGGGCGAGUUGCAGGGAAAGGCUUGAUCUUGUUUUGCUCAGGAGUAGUUUGGGCGUCCCCAGCUCUUUUCUCCUCUCCUUCGAAGAGGACCCAGAUCUGGCUUCUUUCCCAAGGAGGGGGUGAGAUGUUCCUUCUGUCCUGUCCUUGAGGGACCUCCUUUGCCCCAGCUUUUGUCACCAGGUUCUUUCCUAUGACCAGCCCCACCAAGAAACCCAGUGCCCGGCGUGGCCACGAUGCUGGGCCGCCCUUACCAGCCAGAUUGCAACACCAGGGAGAGGCAGAUUCAGAGAGCACCCCCACAGGUGGAAAUGUUGCCUGUGGAUGGGGAGCCUUUUACUACAAUUUGUAACUUAUUUUCUAAAGUCUAUUUUGUAACAAUUUAUUUAAGUUUAAAAAAACAGGAAAAUUGCUCCCCCCAAAAAAGAAAUUUUCAAAGUA